GUGACGUCACUCAGUAACACUUAGGUAGGUGUGUAUAGUGAGACGACGCAGCUCAAGAGCUGGCUGUGGAAUGGCAGCGAGUGGAGAGGGCGAGUGGGCAUCGUCUCGUGAAGAUGGAGACACUAUCAUUCUAUCAGUGGAGGGAGAGAGAGAAGCCAAACACAGACUAGUAGAGAGAACGAACAUUCUCGGAAUCGUGAAUAUAGUGGUCAAAGGGUUAAUGGAGACUUCGAUGCAGCAGGGGAAGACUCUAAACGAUGCCCACCCUCAGCUACAGCAGUGUUUGGUUGCCGUGGAGCAAGCUCUGAAACAUGGACUGAGGACCAAGAGAUCAAUGCUGGGUCAGAAGAAGUCAUUCUGGGCCGUGGUGGAGGGGUUUGAGAAGAUGUCCACUGAUUUCUCUGAGAGCAUCUCCAACGUUCGUGGUCUCCCUGGAAUCAAGACGGCAGUGGGGCGUGGCCGGGCGUGGCUGAGGUUUGGAGUGAUGCAGAAGAAGUUGGGAGACUAUUUCAGAACAAUGACAGACAACAAGACCAAACUGAGGGAGUGGUAUGAGGAGGAUUCAAUAAUGGUGAGAGAUGAAGGGCAAGUGUUGGCUGGUCUACUGAUGGGACUCAAUGCCAUCGACUACAACAUGACUCUCUCUGCAGAGGAGUUUGAUAAAUCUGUAGGACCUCUGGAUCUGUCUGGUUUCCUGAGAGACGGUAACUGUGGCAUAUCAGGAGGAUCAGCCAGCAGAGGGGCCGGAGAUGAAGAGGGAGGUGAAUCAGGACUAGCUCAGUUACUGGAUCAGAAGGCUUACCUGGAGGAACACAACAGGAAACUAGAGUUGUCUCUGGAGAAGGUGCAGACGAGGCUGAGCGUGGCGGAGUGUUCGGUGGGCCAGUUGGAGGAGAGGGUGAGGGAAGAGGAGGAGGAAGUGGGGAGACUGCGUCAGGAGAGAGAUGAUCUGAGAGAGAUGAACGAGAGAUCGUCUGCUGAACUCAGGAGAGCUCUGGAGAAUCUGCAGGACGACCAGAAGGCGGAGCUGGAGACGUACGUCCAGACUCGGGCGGGGCUCAACGACCUCUACUCGGCCACUCAGAGGAACCUGGACACUGAGAGUAGGCGGAGGUCCCAGCUGGAGCAGGAACUGGAGCUACUCAAGACAUCCCGCACCGAGAAAGAGACGGCCAUGUUGCUACUGGAGAAGAGUGUGCAUGAGAAACAGGACACAAUAGUGGGUCUCCGCAGACAGCUGGAGGAGGUGAAGACCGCCAACCUAAAGAUGACCUCGCAGCUAAAGACAACCCAGGAGACCCACCAGAGGGACUCGCUCAAGAUCAGAGGAAUUGAGAACAAGCUAUCCCAGACCACCGCCAACCUCAAGAAGGCCGACAAAGAGUUAGUUCACACCACCAUUGAAUAUGGGUGUCUGUAUAUUCAUCCAUCUCAGUGAAUUAACACAUAACACUCUCAAUGCAUACAUCUGUGUGAUGCAAGCUAGCAGGAAAAAAUAUUAGCAGAUAUACAGUUUCAGUGAAACUGGUUGUGAUUGCAUUGACAGAAUGUAAUAAAGAUUAGCUUUUCUUCGACUUUUCUCUGUCAUUUUCCCCUCGUACACUUCAAUCUUCUCCUCUCAAUUUUCUGAUUUAUCUCUCUCUCAGCCUGCAAGAGGUGAGGUCAUCUCUGAGGGAGAGUGAGAAGACGUCCUCAGAGUUGGGGCAGAAACUGCAGGAGGUCCAGCUGGCUCGCAGCUCCGCUGAACAGGAUCUGUCCAUCGAGAAGCAGUGGAGGGCCUCACUGCAGAUGGAGAUCCAGAGAGAGAAAGACAGGGUCGUGGAGCUCACCAACGAACUCAAGAAAGCCAGAGUCAUCAAGAAGGAGCACGCGGAGCUACAGGAGAAGUAUGCGUGUCUCCAGGAGACCGUGUCGGAGCAGGAGAUAGCUCUCGUUGAGAUGGGCAAACAGCUCAGCAUAGCCCAGGAGAAGCUGUCAGACAUGAGACAGGUCAGUGCAGUGAUGAAAGACAGCGUUUGGGUGGACGACAAAGACAUCGCAGAAUGCCAAUUCUGCCAGAAUGGUUUCUCUGUCGCCAGGAGAAAGCACCACUGCAGACACUGUGGAGGUGUGUUCUGUAACUCUUGUUCAGACAACAGCCUCCAGCUUGCCUCCUCCUCAAAACCUGUACGAGUGUGUGACACCUGCUACACCAUGCUUCUGGAGAGAGCCAGCUCAUGACAAACCACACCCACUCCCUGCAUCACCAUGGUGACACCACACCCACUUCCUGUAUCACCAUGAUGACUCCACACCCACUUUAUUAUGAACACCACUGGCAAGACGCAUUGCGAAACAUUUUUCUUUUUUUUCAUUGUAAUGUCUGUGAAUAAGUCAGAGUGCAGAGUUUGAAGCACUGACACAGUGCCAUGUGUAGAGACAUGGCUACCAGUAAUUUUGCUUUUCAUAAUUUUAAUCCAUGUUUCAAGUUGUGAAAGACAUUCACAAUACCCUUGUUUUGUAUGCAUAUCUACUGUAUAUUAUUAUACAUCGAUAGACACUCACAAAAUUAGCGUAUUUUGG